AUGUGCAUCCUCACCUUCAUCACGCGCUACUGCGAGCGCUUCCCGUUUAUCCUGAUUGGCAAUCGUGAUGAGGACCUGGCAAGGGCCACUGGUGGGCUGGCACUGGACACAUCCACCGGGCUUGUGUGGGCGCUGGACCGUCUCGCCGGUGGAUCGUGGAUGGGUAUCGAGCCUCGCAGCGGGCGGUUCGCCAUUCUUACCAACUGCCGGCGCUCGCCAGCCGCACCUUUGACCUGCAGCGCAAAGGCACGCGAUGAGGACCAGUGCGGCGAUAGCGAGAGAGGUGAGCCGGCACAGCGCGCAGGGCUUUCCACCGCAGCUGCCAUGUGGCGCGGGGCUGCACCGCUCUCGCACAUUUGCGAACACACCACCGCGGUGCCGGUGGUCGCCUUGUCAACCGCACCGGCAGCGGCCAAGACAGCAGCUGAAGACAGUUGUUGCCCUCCACACGGCAAGCAGCUGCAGUCAGUGACACUCACCUACGAUCCACCGACGUCGCGCGGCCUGGUCAUCAAGAACUUUCUGCGAACGGGUAUCCUUCCAGGGGACGCUGACGCAUCUCUGGGCAGUGGCGAUGCCCUAGUGGCAGCACUGCCGGCUGUACUGCGAGUGCCUCCCUACUACGCUGGAUUCAACCUUCUCUCCUGCGACGACCUUCGUCGGUGCGGCGUCGAUGCUGUAACAUCGGAGCAUGGGCGGCACAAGUCUGACAGUACAAGCGCCGCCGCACCGGAGAUCCUCUACACAACAAACCGGUACGCUGCCGAGCACCGGUGCCCCGUUGCACCAGGCCAGGUGCACUGCUUACAAAACAGCUACUUGGACAAUAUGCAUGGCGAACCCAUUACGGCCCGACUUGGGCAGCUCUUCACGGACGCCCUUCACCGUGUGAUCGACCCCAUCGCAGCGGAGCAGCCCUCCUCAUCGACGUCGGGCAUUACUCCAGCCAUGGUGACGGAGGUGGCGACGGCACUGGCGGACGAGUGUUUGUGCGACCGCUGCAACUUCGACUUGCCCAAGAUGGAGGAGACGGCGUUCUCGGCGGCGGAGGCGGAGGCCCUGCACGCGCAGCUGCACUCGAAUAACCCACUCCUUGGCUUUACCGAGAAUGAGCUCCACGCGUACUUUGGCAGCAGCGCCGUCGGUGAUGGCGAUAACGUGUCGGUUCGGUUUUGUGACGGGGGCGCCGCGAUGCGUGAGGCGUACCUGCAGUCGAGCAUCUUCAAGGUGCCAUUUCGUGGUUAUGGCACACGGAUGCAGUCGAUGGUGCUAGUGGAGCAGGUCGCAGCGGUGCCGUCGACGCUUCCCAACGUGACGCCGUCUGCAAGCACCACCACGGUCAUUCACUUCUGUCAGCGAGAGGUGUCCUUUGACGUGGCAACGCAGAGUGUGGUGGCGGCGCCGUGGACUGCCUACCGCAUCCUCCAAGAUGGCAGCUGCCUGCGCGACUCCGCAGAGCCACCAGCGUCACAAUGCACAUAG